CUAUACCAUACACUACACCUUACCUCCGAUUUGCACGGUUGGCUAAGUUGUGAGACUUUACACUCACUUAAAAAAAAAACUUUGAAACCUGCCAAGCGUGCUGGGCCCAGCAACGACGCGUGCUCGAGGGAGGAAAAGAGAAGUAAAAUAUGGUGCUCGCCAACAGGAAGCGCUUCCGACUCAUCUGCAUGUGCACGCUCACGUCCACCGCGGUCGGCCUCUACACCAUCAUCAUGCAGGAGUCAUCACCGCCGCCACCGCCUCGCUACUCCCCGUCGUUAGGCUUAGAGAUUAGCGACGUCGAGAUGUCGACCUCGACCUCCCGGCGUUUCAACUGCGCCGCCAUCGUCGAGGGCGACGAGGUGGCCAUCGCCGCCGCGGCCGAGCUCGUGGCCAAGACGGCGAAGAGUCGCGGCCACCAUGGGCUUGGCGAGGCGGAGCUGCUCGCGAUGACGCGCGACUGCGACGCGUUCAGGCGCGCGCGCAGGUACGUGCUGGUGCCGCUGAGCCGCGAGGAGGAGGCCUUCCCCAUCGCCUACUCCGUGGUCGCCCACCACCGCGUGGACAUGCUGGAGAGGCUGCUGCGUGCCGUCUACGCCCCGCAGAACCUCUACUGCCUCCACGUGGACGCCAAGUCCCCCCGCGCCUACCUGGAGGCGGCGCGCGCCCUCGCCGCCUGCUUCCCCAACGUGUUCGUGGCGGCACACCUGGAGAGAGUCGUCUACGCCUCGUGGUCGAGAGUGCAGGCCGACCUCAACUGCAUGAGCGAGCUGGUGGCCAUGGCGGAGCGUGUUCAAUGGAGGUACUUCAUCAACCUGUGCGGCCGUGACUUCCCCAUCAAGACGAACCUGGAGAUGGUGCGGGCGCUGCGCACCCUCAAUGGCCGCAACAGUCUGGAGACAGUGCGCAUGCCCAGGGGCAAGAGGGCGCGCUGGAUCCUCAGCUACAAAGUGGCGGGCAACGAGAUCCGCUCGACGGGCCUAACCAAGCGCCCGCCGCCCAUCCCCACACCCAUGUUCGCGGGCAGCGCAUAUGUGGUGGUGACGCGCGCCUUCGUGGAGCACGUGCUGAGUGACCCGGCAGCGCGGGCUCUCAUCGAGUGGGCAGGGGAUACCUACAGCCCCGACGAGCACCUGUGGGCGACCCUCCAGCGGAUGCCCGGCGUGCCCGGCUCAACGCCCGCACACCGGAUACACGACGUGACGGACGCGGCCGCGCUGGCGCGCCUAGUCAAGUGGUCCGCCUUCGAGGGUGAUGUGGCCGGCGGCGGGGCGGCCUAUCCGCCCUGCCGAGGCACCCAUGUCAGGGACGUCUGCGUGUAUGGCGCUGGCGACCUGGCGUGGGUGCUGCGCCAGCACCAUCUCUUCGCCAACAAGGUGGACACGGCCGUCGACCACGUGGCGGUGCACUGCCUGGAGCACCACCUGCGGAAAAAGGCGCUGGCAGAGGCGGCGCUCGUCAUAGGAAUCUAGAAUGGGAGGGGGAGGAAGGUUGAUGGCCGACACGUAUAGUUAUUUAAUAUAAAACUAUAUAGCAUAUGGCUAUAUUAUUUUAGAAGGUAAAUUAUUGAAAGACAAAUUAAGCAUGGGCACGGAAGUACAACUAUUUUGUUUCAUCAAUCCUAUGUAUUCAUUAACAUUAUACAUGUUUUUUUUUUACGAUUGAGAACCAAAGGAGUGCAAGGCUGCAGUAAUUGUUAAGAACCACUGCUAUAGAUUAUAGUUCAGUGGUAGGGCCCCACUGAGCAAUGUAGCUCUUUAGUCAGAAGCUACCUGGCCAUCACAAAUGAUGGCUCAAUAAAGUGGCUUAUCGUGUGGAAAUUUAUAGCAGCAGCCAAAUGAAAACUAAACCAUUAUUUUACGAGGUAAGGCCCACUGAGCUGUGCAGCUAUUUUUCAGAAUCACCCUGACUACCACAAAUGAUAGCUCAACGAAGUGGCUGAUAUCAAUGUCGUGUGAAAAUGUACAGGACCCAGAGAAUAAUCCACGUGACCACGGAAGAAGGGAGAGAGACGCAAACGCCAAAUAAACAACAGGCAUCAAGGUCGGGAUAGAACUCACGACCUCCUGUAUACCAGGCAAUAUAAUGAACAUUACCUUGCUAUCUUGGCGCCCCUAUGGAUAGGGGUAGUGUUAGGGGUUGGUGUAGUGAUAGGGUAGGCGCAGGCCUGACUGUAGCUGGCGAGCAAAGUAUAGGAAAGGUAGUCAAAUCACUAAAAAAAUAUAUACAAAUAACACAACUAUUUUUUAAUCUUACUAGCUAAAGCCCAAUGAGCUAUUAGUUUCAUUUUCCAAACCGACCUGGCCACAAAUAACUGCUCAACGAAGUGGCGUAUUGUCAUGGGGACAUUUAUAGCAGCCAAAUACUAUAAACGCAUGUUUUAAAAUGUGGAUGGAAAAACCGGAGGACCCGGAGAAACAUCCAUAAUAGGCUUCUUGAAUCAAAACUGGUAUUUUCUUAAAUAUCUAAUAGGGUUUAUAUUCACCAAUUCCAUGUCUUUUGAAGCAAAAUGAUGUAUGAAUUAAAAAACAAUGAGUAAGUAAGAUUCAAGGUAUCUCAAAAAGCAAUUGAACCCCUGAUUGCAUUAGCUCAAUUAAGGCAAGAAUUUGAAUCAGGUGUUUAAAUAAUUAGUUAGAUUUUCAGGGAUGAGUUUGGGAGGCCCCAUCCUAUAUAAAGAUCAAAAACUUUGUCAGUUUGGUCUUCACCACAGAGGUGUGUAGAAACAGGUCAUGCCAUGAUCAUAAGACAUCUCUGAGAACCCCAGAAAAAGAGUUAUUGAUGCUCAUCAGUCCGGAAAUCGUUACAAAACCAUUUUGAAAGAUUUGAGGCUCCAUCAAUCCACUGAUAGACAGAUAGUCUACAAAUGAAGAAAGUUCAAGACCACAGUCACUAUAACCAAAAUCUCUCCAUAAACAAACCAGAAAAUCAUCAAAGAAGUCACAAAUAACCUCAGAAAAACAUCCAAGGAUCUGCAGGCCACUCUCGCCUUGGUUAACGUGACUGUUCAUGACUCAACUAUCCGAAACAGACUGAACAAGAAUGGUGUUCAUGGAAGGACAGCAAGGAGAAAGCCACUACUCUCCAAAAAUGACAUUGCUGCCCGCCUGAAGUUCGGCAAAGUGCACAUAGAUGAUCUACAAGACUUCUGAAACAAUGUUCUCUGGACAGAAGCGUUAAAGGUAGAACAUUUUGGAUUCAAUGACAAACGUUGUUUGGAAAAAACGAAACACCACUUUUGAACAGAAGAACCUCAUCAAGCAUCGUGGUGGUGAUGUGAUGGUUUGGGGAUGCUUUGCUGCCUCAUGAUCUGUACAGCUUUCCAUCAUUGACACAACCAUAAACUCUGCAUUGUAUGAGAAGGUUCUGGAGGAGGAUGUCAGGCUAUCCGUCCACUAAAGCUGAACCUGAACCAAAAGUGGGUCUUUCAGCAAGACCAUGAUCCUAAACAUACAAGCAAAUAUACAAAAUAAUGGCUGCAAAAGAAGAAGAUUCCACGUUUUACAAUGGCCUAGUCAAAGUCUGGACCUAAACCCCAUCGAAAUGUUGUGGCAGGACCUGAAGCGAGCUGUCCAUGCAAGGCAACCCUCAAAUGUCACCAAGUUGAAGGAGUUCUAUAAUGAGGAAUGGGCCGAUAUUCCUCAAAUCCAAAGUGAGAGACUGACUGACACUUAGUUGGAGUCAUUGAUGCUCAAGGGGGUGUCACCAGUUACUGAAUAUAAAUAUUCACGUAUUUUUUAUAUGGUUCAAUGUAGGAUCAUUUGAGGAUGAAUAAAUGUUGAAAGAACAUGAUGUUUUCGUGUCAUUUGUUUAAUCAUGUGAUCAUUAUCUAUUAUUAGGGCUUAGAUUAAGAUCCAAUAGCAUUUUAGGUUUGAAAUAUGUAAAAUAUGUGAAAUCCUAAGGGGUUCCCAACCUUUCUCGCAGCACUGUAGAUGUUGGAAGACGUAAUUAAAACCUCCCAAAUAAAUGUAAUAUAUCUGGUUAAUUAUUUUACAGGGACCAUGCUGAUCAUUAACUUUUUUUACCAACUUGUAUCUUAUC